AUGGCUCCUGAAAGAAGAAACACCUUUCCUCUCAAGUUCAAAGCACCUAAGGUGGAUAGUCUGCAAGAAUUGAGUACAAGCCUAACAACUUUCAAGGUAAUGAGGUUUAAUGUAUCUUAUGGGAGAAUACUUCCCUUGUUUGAUGUGGAUGUAGAUAUGGCGGCGUUAACUGCUUUGGUUCAGUACUAUGAUCCUCCUCUCAGAUGCUUGACCUUUCAAGACUUCCAAUUAGCUCAAACUAUUGAAGAAUAUGAAAGGAUCUUAAAUCAUUAUGUGAAAGAUCAUGAUCCAUUUGUAAAGUUGGGUGAAAAGAUAGAUCCUAAAGAAAUAGCAGAGGCAUUAUAUCUUGAAGAAGAUGAAGUGACACCGUACCUAAAACCAAGAGGAGAAGUCAAAGGCUUCACAAGAAAAUUCCUGGAAAAUAAGGCUAGAGAUUUGGAGAAGGCAGAGAAUUGGGAAGCAUUCAGUGCUGUCUUGGCAUUACUCAUCUAUGGAAUUGUCCUUUUUCCUAAUGAAGAGGAUUUCGUAGAUCUACCUGUUGUUGGUGUGUUCUUGGCUAAAACAGCGGUCCCCACUCUUUUAGCUGAUGUGUAUUACCAUCUCAACGUGAGACAUGAGAAGAAGAAAGGAAUAGUUCUUUGUUGUGCUCCCCUGCUCUACAUUUGGCUCAGAGAACACAUGCCUCGACAAGGUGAAUGGAUUGAAAUACUGAAUAAUCUCAAAUGGUCUCAAAAGUUAGCUUCACUCACUGCUAAUGCUAUGUUUUGGUACACCCAUGAUUGGGCGGUAGACAGUCUCAUUCACCAUUGUGGCAAUUUCCCUAAUGUUCCACUAAUAGGCUCUCGAGGUUGCAUCAAUUACAAUCCUGAACUAGCUCUGAGACAACACGAAUAUUCCAUGAAGAAGGAGCCUGAAACAGGAUUAUUGAAAGAAUUCAUUAUAACAGAUAUGGGAGCUAGUGACCCAAGUAUGUUGAAGAGAGUAAAAAGGGCAUGGAGUCGAAUUCAUAGGAAAGGGAAAGAAUUUGGGAAGAGAACACUCAUGGUUGAAGAACCCUAA